GCCUCUAGUCAAGGCAGAGCUGUUUAUAACUGCGAUCUGUUGACCUACAGCAGCUGCUCAUGGAGAAGCUCAAUUCAGACUCAGGCUGUGACUCUGUGACUGAUACAGAAACAGAAGACGAGAAGAACCCAGUUUACUUGCAUAGUCUUGCCAUGAGCGAAGAACAUGGGUCAUCCAAGAGCACUGGGGAUCAUCCGGUGGUGCAGCCUGACCGCAUACGGUGUGGGGUGCAGACAACAGUUUAUAUUAUCAUGAAGAGUAAACUAGAUGGCGAAGUGAAAACUGAAGUUGAAUUCUCUCCAGAGAAUGCGUCAUCUGUGCGUGUGCUGGCUGAGAUGGAGAAUGAGUACACAAUCUCUGUGGAGGCUCCAAAUUUAACCUCUGGGACAGUGCCUCUGCAGAUAUAUUCAGGAGACUUGAUGGUGGGAGAAACGAGCGUCACCUAUCAUACCGACAUGGAGGAAAUUGGCAGUCUGUUGACUAAUGCAGCCAACCCAGUACAGUUCAUGUGCCAGGCCUUUAAAAUCGUGCCAUACAGCAUAGAAGCACUGGACAAACUGUUGACUGAGUCACUCAAGAAGAACAUUCCUGCCAGUGGCUUACACCUAUUUGGAAUCAACCAGCUGGAAGAAGAAGAUAUGACAACAAAUCAGAGGGAUGAGGAGUUGCCAACACUGCUUCACUUUUCUGCAAGAUACGGGCUGAAGAACCUCACCGCCUUGCUGCUUACGUGCCCUGGAGCAUUGCAGGCCUACAGCGUAGCCAACAAGUAUGGCCACUAUCCAAACACCAUAGCAGAAAAGCAUGGUUUUAAGGACCUCCGCCAAUUCAUUGAUGAAUAUGUGGAAACUGCAGAUAUGCUGAAGAGUCACAUUAAGGAAGAACUGAUGCAAGGCGAGGAGGAUGAAUCUGUUUAUGAGUCCAUGGCUCAUCUGUCCACUGAUCUGUUAAUGAAAUGUUCCUUGAAUCCUGGCUCUGAUGAAGAGCUUUAUGAAUCCAUGGCUGGAUUUGUUCCUGGUGCCUCAGAAGAUCUUUAUGUAGAGAUGCUUCAGUCCAAACCAGACACUCCUGUUGCUGGAGAUGAAGUUUCUCUAACUACAAAAGACUCAAUGCUCCGCAAAUUUUUAGAAGGCAGUAGCGUGGAUGUGCCAGAUUCAGAGGAAGGAGUUUACCAGCGGUAUGGUGAAGAUGUAUACUACUCAGUGGAACAAGAUACUUUUCCACAGGAAGUGGCUAGCAGACCUCCAGUUCCUGUUCCAAGACCAGAAUCCAGCUCUCCACAGCCAGACAAUGAGCUGUACAUCUCCAAAAUUUUUGCACAGAAAGCUCAAAGACCUGAGAAUCUCUAUGUCCCUAGAGGAAGGGUUAAGAAAGAGACAAUAGUCAGGCCUGUAAGGGACCUGUCUCAAUCGAGUAUAUAUGAUCCAUUUGCUGGAAUGAAAACCCCGGGUCAACGGCAGCUGAUUACAUUACAGGAGCAAGUGAAAAUGGGCAUACUCACUGUUGAUGAAGCUGUACUUCAUUUUAAAGAGUGGCAACUGAACCAGAAAAAGAGAUCAGAAUCAUUCCGGUUCCAGCAGGAAAAUCUGAAACGACUGCGAGACAGCAUAACCAGGAGGCAAAUGGAGAAGCAAAAAAAAGACAAAAGUGCAGAUUUGGAAAUUACAGUACCCAUUCGACACUCUCACAAUACUUUGGGGAAACCAGAAUGUGGAAUAUAUGAAUACACCCCCAGGAAAAACAUUUUCCCACCGAAAAAGGAGUUAAAGCGAGGAGACUGGAAAACAGAAAGCACAUCCAGCACAACAAGUAGUGCAAGUAAUCGCUCCAGCACUCGGAGCGUACUGAGUAUCAGCAGUGGGAUGGAAGGGGACAGUGAGGACAAUGAAGUCCCAGAAACAACUAGAAGCCGCAGCCCAGUUGCCCACCAAGCGGAGAGGCUGCCCUUCCCAGAAAGGCCUCCCAGAGUGCCUCCUCGAGGUGCAAGCAGGCCUGUAAGCUGUGAAGGCUUUUAUCCUCCACCUGUGCCCCCAAGAGGUCGCUGAAUCUGUCAACAUCUGUGGAAUGAGAUUUUUGUUUGUAUGUGUGGUUGUACAGAUAUUUUUGGGUUGUCUUAAGUUAUUUAUAAGUGGGAG